AUGAAAUACCUUCUGGUGGCUUUCAUCGCCGUCUGCAAGUUUUCGAUAGUUGGGGCAUUAGGAGGCCCUAAAACACAUGACAGAAACAACCAAGAUUUCAUUGAUAAAGGACUACGUCUGCUACAGUUACAAGAUGAGGCAGGAUACAAUCUCAAGGAGGCACUUGACCAGCGUCUAAAGCCUCGACAGGAGGAUAAUGCGGUUACCUGUAAGAAUGGUGGUGGCGAUGAUGGUUGUGUUAAGGGCGAUGAUAUUGAGGGUAAAUGGCAACCCGCAUGCACGACGAAAAAUUUAACCAUUCGAAAAGAGUGGCGGUUUUUGUCGAAGGCAGAAAGACGGAAUUAUAUCGACGCCGUGUACUGCCUUCAGUCCAAACCGUCGCUAUUUACCGAGAAAGAAGCUCCAGGUUCCAAAAACCUUUUCGACUCCUUUGCUGCUUUCAACUUCCUCGCCUGGCACCGGUACUUCGUCCAUGCAUACGAGAAGGCACUCAAAGAUCAAUGUGGAUAUCGGGGGGUUAGCCCCUAUUGGGAAUGGGGAUACGAUGUCCUUGAUCCACAUAAAUCUCCCGUCUUUGACGGUUCGCCUUAUAGUAUGGGAAGCGAUGGUGCUCCUUUGGAAAACAGGGCGCCAACUUUCAAACUCCCUCCUCCCCCGCCACUGCCACCAGCAAACGGCCGCGAGUUCCCUGCCGGACUUGGAGGAGGGUGUGUAAAGUCUGGUCCCUUUUCAGACUUGACCACUAAUCUAGGUCCAGUCGCUAUGGCUGGGGGCCGAUUAGAUGAUCCAUUGAGACACAAUCCCAGAUGUCUGCAACGUGACAUGAACUCUUACAUAGGCCAGCAGUUCACCGCUUUCAAUUGGUCGACGUGGACCGUCGAAGCGAGCAGAGACAUUAUCGGAUUCCAAUCGCGACUCGCCGGGACACCAGAGAACGAGAGCCCUAACGGUGAGCCACUGAAUUACUUUGGGGUACAUGGGGGCGGUCAUACUUUCCUGGGUGGGAUGACUGGACAGCAUACCGACUUUUAUUCUAGCCCUCAAGAGCCAGCAUUCUUCCUUCACCAUGGCCAAAUUGACCGCCUCUGGUCGAUAUGGCAGUGGCUGGAUAUCAAAGAGCGACGCGAUGCGAUGUGGGGAACUCUUACGUUCGCCAACAUCCCUCCCUCACGAAAUGGGACUUUACAUGAUAUCAUCGACUUGGGACCACUUGCACCGCCGUUGACUAUGAGUGAGGUCAUGAGCACAGUUGAUGGGCCUUUUUGCUACUUUUAUGCGUAA